AUGGCCGUGGUUUCGCUGGAUUUCGUGUACGGAGUGAAACCUGCCAUCGGAAUCCGGUGGACGUGGACCGCCCGAUGUCAACCCCGUCGACGGCGACCGUCAAAAACCGAUUCAAAACGUUCAAUCCCGAAAUUCUCGAACCGUGUCCCCGUGAGAUUUUCGAUAUUUUUCGGAAGUCAACUUCGUGAGUUUUCAUCUGACGGCUUUGAAACUUUCAAACUUGAUAGUAAAUCGAAAAAGAAACGUGAAUGGACAGAGGUGGAAUAG